GUAAUAUAUGUACAUACACCACUACUAAGGUUUAGUAAUGUAGGUACAUACACAAGGUAUGGUAAUAUAUGUACAUACACUAGGUGAUAUAUGUGAAUACACUAGUUAUUAUAUGUACAUACACUAGGUAAUAUAUGUACAUACACCUGGUAUGGUAUUAUAUGUACAUAAAAUAGGUAUUAUUUGUACAUACACUAUAUAUGGUAAUACAUGUACAUACACUAGAUAUUAUAAGUACAUAACAUUCCAUUAUUAUUGUUUAAAUUCAUCACAGUUUGUUGGAUGAUUCCUGUACUUUUUUUCAAAAUAUACUUGUUGAUCCGUUUCUUCUACUUUCGUUGAACAAUUACAGAAACACACUAUAUGCCACUUUUAUAUCUUUAUCUAAAAACAACCAAACAACAGAAAAGGAAUACUUGAUUUGCUUGCUUAUCUUUUGAAAUGUAGUUACAAGAACAAUAGAGAAAAGCGACAUAUCAAAACUUUAAUCCAACUCCAAAUAAGUAAAAUUAUUAUUUUUUUUGGUUUGUAAACUCGGAUUAGUCAGGAGUGCAUUUCGUGUCCAUUUAUAAAUUUUGAUAUUGACUUGGAGCGCGUGAAAAAUAUAUAUUGACUUAGGGUGCUUGCAAGUCUAGGCGUCUCAUUCGAACGCGCCUUCGCUUCCACAUCCGUUUCAUCAUGGCGGCCUUUGCAGACGAUAAGCGAUUUCUAACGUAGUCGGAAACAGAAAUCCAAAAAUUAACUGACGAUUCUGUUGAUGUGAAUACUAGUAGAGCUACCAAGACAGCCGUAAACGUUUUUCGUCAAUAUUUAAAGGACAAAGAUAUCCCAACACACUUUGAAACAUUUUCAAAUCAACGACUUGACCAAGUGCUGUCAAACUUUGGAGGUAAAACAACAGAGAACACAAAGGGCCUGUUCGUUUAUUCGGACAAAUCGGUUUGUCAGUUUUUAAAUGCAAUAUUUCAAACAUAUAUCUUGACGGACCUGCAAAUGUAAAUACAGGCCUUGGGAGUCUUUGUCAAGGCUCGACUGAAAACAAUAUAAACUCAUCAGGUCGUCUUUAUUUCAUAAAAGAACACCGGUCCAACCGGUCCGUCCGUUUGGACCGCAAAAACGAAAACGGCCAAGGAGACUGAUGUCUGAAACAAUCAGAAAAAGGAUUAAAGGUAAUGCAAGUGCCACCAGUGUUCCAAUGACCGCGAAAGUAGGUUAGGAUAUAAGUAGUUCAGAUCUUGUACCUAUCACUGAUUCUCAAACAAAUGCAUUGCUUGAAGAUAUUUUGACAGAUGAUUAUGAUGAUUUUGAUACAUUUCUGGCAAAUAUCACGUUCGAUCAUUCCAAUCCUCAAACCAAUGAUUAGACACAGACAGAGCACAAAAUGCAAAAUCUUGUACAAAAUACCAUGCAGAUGUUCGGUUCACUGUGCAAUUUACCUGUGGCAAUCGUGUCCCAUUGUCAAAAUGUCAACAUCAAUACUAAAAUAUCAUAUUCAGAUUGUUACCUAUAUUGUUAAAUUGUGUUGGAAAAAAAAACUGUUGUAAUAAAAUAAAUGUUAAAGAAGAAACAAAAUGUAUUUGUGAUAUUUUAAAUUUUAAUUUAUCAAUCUAUCAAAAAUAAUAAAACAAUUACAGCCUUUAGCUUCGGUUGAUACCAGGAUUUAUCGACCCAAGAAAAGAUAAUAUUGACCGAGGACGUAGUCCGAGGUUAAUGUUAUAUUUUCUUAGGUCGAUAAAUCCAAAUAUCGACUUCACGCUAUGAUUGUAUAAUAUGACGGAUACAAAAUAUAGAAUUACAUGGAGACCGUUGAAAAAUUAUCAGAAUAAGUUCUUGUGCUGAGGAAGGGUACGCCUCGUCAAAAUUUAAGUCCGACAUAGAAUCAUUCUCUACAUGAUCAUGAUAUCGAUCAUUUUCCCACAGUCUUCAUCAAUUCGCAUCUCUUGAAAGCUUGUGAUGUUAUUUGUGAUUGUGUGUGUUUUUAAGUGGUCAUGUGGUUAUGUACAUGUACCAAAUAAUUCCCCUUAUUCAGUUUUCCAAAUGGCGACUAUUUAUGUGAACUUAAGGGAAAGCAGUUGUUACAAGUACAGACUGAGAAUUCUUCACUCUCUUGUAUUCCAAUCAGAACCAGAUUUUCCAAGAGUGAUGACUUUGUAAAACAGUGACGUAGAGUGAAAAUAUGAAACGCAUGUAAAGAAAGCGGCCAUAUUUCUGCGUUUUAAAACAGGAUGUCUGGUUUUAUCGACAUGACCCUUGAUAUAUUUUAUAGAUCAAUUGGGCACUUCCAAAGCUCAAGUCUAGCCAAAUGAGGAACUAGAGUGUAAAACAAACACGGUCAUUCUUAUCAGGCUUCACAGAUCAACGAGUGCUUUCGUGUAUCAGACCAGUGAAUGUCAUACUGUCGAUUGUCACACCUACAAACAAAACAUGUCAUUAGUUCUUUGGCUGAUGCUGGCCAUUUCGGAGCUGGUACCUGGACAUAACUGCCAGAGUAGGGUCAUCGCCCGACCAUGUUGUGUUCCGUCUCACUUCCGGUGUGUGAUGGACGUAACUGGAGGAUACACGGAUCCUGUCUCUGGAAAAACUUCAUUUGUAGAUAGCAAAGUCCGUCUUUACAACGAUUACGAGUUGAACGUUACUAGAACCGAUACUGACGUCACACUUCCAAGCGGUGUAACUUUUGUUCACUCGGAGCUAACGUACUACAACCAGCAUAUCUCCUAUAAAAUAGACGGAAGGCAGUGUCGAACUGAUCGUAUCACCGCUCUUAUGCAGGACAAGUGUAUCCCAGAUGACGCCACUCUGUUAGGGACGAAUCGUAUAGGACAAUCUGGUCACAAGAGCAUCACCGUUGACACGUGGCAUUACGUCACAUCCAAUAAUAUCACGAUUCUGCGCGCUGUGACAGUGGAUCAAUGUUGGCCCGUCUACCAAACAGAGCAGAGUGUUUACAAUGGAGGCUUCUCAGAAAUGGCUUAUAUGAUUAACAACAUCGAGCUGGGUGAACACCCUGAUUUAAUCGUAACACCGAACACUUGUUCAAAGACUUGAAGACAUCGGGACCUAAUUUGCGGGAUCGAGAUCACGUGAUAAUAUGUCUUUGCUGAUCAGUUGCUCAUUUUUUCACGUGUAUUCGUUAUCAAAUAAAUCCUUCUCACGUU